UUAUGGACUUUAAGGUUGAAAGUUAAAUGAAUUUCCCGUUAUUGAAUUUUUGGUCGCAAAUAAAAGCCAGAAUAAAUAUCUAUUUUGCUGAAUUUCGUGCUAGUUUUUUUUUUUAGAUAAUUAAUAUCAAAGUUAACACACAGGGAUAAAGACGGAACACAUAUUUACGCUUGUAGUUAAAAAAAUUUUUAUUAAAUAUUGCUGAAUUUACUAUCUGUUUCUACUUGCGGUUUGACGCUGUGAUUUACUUUCAACAAAACUUUUUUUUUACAAAAUGUUAGCACUAAUUAAUUCAUUUUUUUAUUUUUAUUAUAUAUCGAAUACCGGAACUAUGACGUAUUUAAACAUACACACACACACACAAUUUUACGAGAUCAGUAUUAUUAUUACCUUGCGUAACUAAACUUGCGUAUUUUACCGCCACGUGUGUUAAAGCGCGGACAUCGUAUGUUCACUUGAAUAAUGUAUGUAGAAUAGAACGACUGUACGCUCCUACAUGUAUUUGUAUAUUCAGUCGCGCCUUGUUAUUUUGCCGUUGGCGAUACGUAAAUUUAUUCUUAUCAAAUUCUUAAUAAUUUUCACAGAUAAAAAAAAACUCUGUCUCUUUUUUUUUAUCUUCUUAUCGUGCUUGUAAAUUCUUUGGUCUAAUAAAAAUUACAGUUGAUAAUAUUUUAAAUAAUAAAAAAAAAAAAAAAAACAUUAAAUAAAUAAAUAAACGAAUAAUGUUAUAUUGCAAUAAAAAUAUAUAAACAAGUAUUUAUCCUUGACAACAUCUUUAUCAUUUAAAAAACUUUAUAAAAUUUUUUUUUUAAUAUAAAAAAAAAAGUUAUCAAUUAUAUUAGAUGAAUAAAUCCUGAGUAAGGGCCACGCAUCGAAAAUUGUGUCAAGGUUGUGUGCCUGUUGCUACAUUGUUUUUUAAAUAUAAUUAAUUUUUUUUAUUUUAUACUAAUUAAAGUAAUAAUUACAAAGAAAUUUUUGCAUAUAUGGAUAGUUUUUUUAUAUAAAAAAUAUAAAGUAUUAAAAUUUAAUAUUAAAUUUAUUUUUUCUACUUUUUUUUGUGUGAAAUUUUGUUUGCAUACGUUAUCGGUGCUAUGUCGGUUUUUAUUUUGAAGGAGAUCUGAGUAUUAUUUAUGAUCAAAAAGUGCGUGUGUUUGUGAGUGUUUGGUUUUAUAUAUUAUGGAUCUGGGGACAUAACGUUUGUGUUUAAAAAAUGUUCAUUGUCCUGGCUGAUUAUAUUUUUUUAAAAAUAAAAGUUAUAUAUUACUGUUAAAAUGUUUCUUGCAUGAAAAGCAACAAAUAGAAGGGAAUUUAAAUCUAAAAUAUAAAAGAAAAAAAAAAAAUUGUGUACAUAUUAUUUCUUUAUUUUUGCGUGGGUCGAAUGGUUAUGACAUCGAGACGUCGAGACGAUUUGUGGAGGCGUCAACAGAUUGUAAUUUCAAUAGUCAAGAUAAUUUGAUGACUGGAGAAUCGAGUUUUCAAAAUCAUCCUGAGAUCACAACAUCCGGACAGAUGCUGACUAACCAGAGUCAGACAAGUAGCAGUAGUAGCAGUAGGAUUAGUAGCAGCAGUACAACGAGCAGCAGAGUUGCUAAGUCCUCACAGAGGAUAUUAACAUCAUCAUCAUCGAGUGAAAUGAAAGCCAGCUCAAUGAAAAACGAUUUAAGUGAGUUAAAACGUGGUAUAUCUGAAAUGAAAAAUAUGUCAACAAAUUUCACAUCAAGACUUCGAAGUAGUAUGGAAAAUCUUGUUGACAGAGAUGGAAACGUUGAUGAGGAAAAUAAUUAUACAGAGCCAUUAGUAACAUUUCCCGAUCCAGAUACACCACCACCAGUGACUGGCACAACAGGUUUAACAGUCAACACUUCAUCUCCAUUAGCAUCACUUAAUUCACGUAAUAGUCUUGAUUUUCCAAAACAUAGUAUGAAACCAACAAUAACAAUGCCACAAAUAUCAAGUAUUGGUGGAUUAACAACUGGCCAAGAAACACUUAAAUAUGAACAAAAAAAAAUGACAAGUGCAUCUAAAACCAAGGUGGUGACUGAUGGUUUUAGUGCUGAAAAAGCAACAGCAAAUAGUGCAGAAAUGCGUGCUCUAAUGACUGGUGAUGUUUCCUACAAAGAACAAACAGCAGCAACAGCAGCAAGAGCUAGAGUUGAAGUAGAUGGUGUUUCAGCUGAAAAAAGUGUUGCAUCAGCUCGAGAAAAAAAAAUAUUGAAGACUGGUGAUUUGGCACAUCAAGAGAGUAACAAUGUGGCAGCAACAAGUAUGAAACUUCAGAGUGAUUCGUUUAGCACUGAAAAGACAGCAAUGGCUGCUCAACAACAACGACAAACAAUGACAUCAUCAGGAAUGUAUAAUCAUGAAAAACAUACAGCAACAUCAUCACAAUCAAGUAUGACAUUUGCAAAAGGUACAACAUCAAAAUCAUCAAUGAUAACGGCAGCAGCAGCAGUUAAUCAAUUAAUGAAUGGUAAUCGUCCUGGUGAUGAAGAAUUAUUAAAUUUAUCACUUGAUGAUUUAGAUCAUUUAUGUUCAAAUUCAAAUCCUCAAGAUGUUGAUAAAGCAAGAGCAAAGUAUUCAAAUUUUUUAGAUUUAUUUGUUGAACGAUUAAAAUCAACAGAUUCAAAUAAUAAUGGUAAAGCACCAUUAUUAUUAAAUAGAGUUAAUGAAAUAAUAAGAAAAGCAUGGGCAGUACCAACAUAUGGUCAUGAACUUGGUUAUACAUUAUGUAAUAUAUUACGUACACGUGGUGGUCUUGAUAUGUUAAUGACAAAUUGUAUUGCAAAUGAUCAUGAAUUACAAUUUUCAUCAGCAAAAUUACUUGAACAAUGUUUAACAACUGAAAAUCGUGUACAUGUUGUUGAAAAUGGUUUAGAAAAAGUUGUUGAAGUUGCAUGUGUUUGCACAAAAAAUCAAAAUUCAGAUUAUUCACGUGUUGGUACUGGUAUACUUGAACAUUUAUUUAAACAUUCAGAAGGUACAUGUAGUGAUGUUAUACGUCUUGGUGGUCUUGAAGCUGUAUUAUUUGAAUGUCGUAAAAAUGAUGUUGAUACAUUACGACAUGUUGCUGGUGCACUUGCUAAUUUAUCAUUAUAUGGUGGUGCUGAAAAUCAAGAAUUUAUGAUUAAAAGAAAAGUACCAGUAUGGUUAUUUCCAUUAGCAUUUCAUCAUGAUGAUAAUAUAAAAUAUUAUGCAUGUCUUGCUAUUGCUGUAUUAGUUGCAAACAAAGAAAUUGAAGCUGCUGUAUUAGAAUCAGGUACAUUGGAUUUAGUUGAGCCAUUUGUAACAUCACAUAAUCCAUAUGAAUUUGCUAAAUCAAAUUUAGCACAUGCACAUGGACAAUCAAAAAAUUGGCUUGAAAGAUUAGUACCAGUAUUAAGUUCAAAACGUGAAGAAGCUAGAAAUUUAGCUGCAUUUCAUUUUUGUAUGGAAGCUGGUAUUAAAAAACAACAAGGUAAUACUGAAAUAUUCCGUGAAAUUGGUGCAAUUGAUGCAUUAAAAAAAGUUGCUAGUUCACCAAAUGCUGUUGCAUCAAAAUAUGCUGCACAAGCAUUACGUUUAAUUGGUGAAGAAGUACCACAUAAAUUAAGUCAACAAGUACCAUUAUGGUCAAGUGAAGAUGUACGUGAAUGGGUUAAACAAAUUGGUUUUGCUGAAUAUGCACAAAAUUUUAUUGAUAGUCGUGUUGAUGGUGAUUUAUUAUUACAAUUAACUGAAUCAAAUUUAAGUGAAGAUAUUGGUUUAACAAAUGGUAUUAAAAGACGUAGAUUUACACGUGAAUUACAAAAUUUAAAAAAAAUGGCUGAUUAUAGUAGUCGUGAUACUGGUAAUUUAAAUACAUUUUUACAACAAAUUGGACAAGAAUUUUCAAUAUAUACAUAUAGUAUGUUAAAUGCUGGUGUUGAUAAAGAUAGUAUUAGAACAAUAUCUGAAGAUCAAUUAACACAAGAAUGUAGUAUUACAAAUUCAAUACAUAGAUUAAGAAUACUUGAAGCUAUUAAAAAUAUAUCAUCAAAUCAAUUUAGUUCAUGUAUCAAUGAAAGUCCAGAUAAAAGUCUUGAUGUAUUUGUUAGUUAUAGAAGAUCAAAUGGUUCACAAUUAGCAUCAUUAUUAAAAGUACAUUUACAAUUACGUGGUUUUUCAGUAUUUAUUGAUGUUGAAAAACUUGAAGCUGGUAAAUUUGAUAAUAAUUUAUUACAAAGUAUAAGACAAGCUAAAAAUUUUUUAUUAGUAUUAACACCAAAAGCAUUAGAUAGAUGUUCAACUGAUAGUGAAUGUAAAGAUUGGGUACAUCGUGAAAUUGUUGCUGCAUUACAAUCACAAUGUAAUAUUAUACCAAUUAUUGAUAACUUUCAAUGGCCAGAACCAGAAGAAUUACCAGAAGAUAUGAGAGCUGUUUGUCAUUUUAAUGGUGUCAGAUGGAUUCAUGAUUAUCAAGAUGCUUGUGUUGAUAAAUUAGAAAGGUUUAUGAGAGGUGAAUUACAACGAAUAGAUUUAAUGAGCAAUAUACCAAGAAGCAUAGCAACAUCAAAAGAUGUUACAACACCAGGUACACCAGGUAGUACAACAAAUAUACGACAACAACCACCAAGUUUUCAACGUAUGCAUAGCAAUGAAAGUCGUGGUAGUGAUAAAGAUUCAACAAAUGGACGAGAUUGACUAGAAGGCCCACUAACAUCAAUUCCAAACAGAUAUAGAAAAACUUCAAGUCCUGGACGUCUAAUAAACAUACCAUUGACAACAGGAAGAAUACAAUUUUAUCAUGGAAAAUCAAGAAGAAAUAGUAUUGUGCCA